CUCUGAGUACUGAGGCUACAGAGAGAGGCUGGGGGGAGGUGGAAGCAGAGGCUCACUUUGAUUUGCAGACUUGAGGAAGAAGGACUGUCCUGUUGUAGACAAGAAGUGCUUCUGUAUAAGAGCCAGGGAGGAAAAAGGGUCCCUUCUUGCUCUGUGUCUCCAGGCAAGUCACUUAACAGCUCUGAGCCAUGGAGCCCUUGCCUACAAAGUACCCGCAUUGAAACACAGUCAGCUUCUGCUUUUAUUGUUUAUUGUAUGCCUGGCUCUGUCCAAGGCUCUGGACCAGAGCAGAGAGCAAAGCCAACCAGUGUGCUAGCCCCUGAGGUUGCCCGUUAAGGAGGUGGUUUUGCAGACAUGUUCUAGCUGUGGGUCGGGAGAGCACGUAGCCACCCCCAACCCCAUCCACAUACUUGAAGCUUCCCUGUAUUUAUGUCUGCACUUGGUGAGGAUGUCUGUAGAACCUCUUUUGAAGUGGUGGUUGGCUCUCUGGUGGUGGCGGUGGUUGGUUUGGAGUUCUCUGGGGCUUAGAACCCCAGAUGUCAUGUUUGCCGCACAAGUCACUUUACCCUCACUGGUGGCGCAGUCCGUUUCCCUGACAAUCUCCACACUUCCACCGUUUCUAAGGCUCCUUUCUCCCCAGCUCAUAAGCUUGUGUUCCUUGGGAGGGUGUAGCCAAAGUUAAUUUUCUAGAGGUUUCCACAGCCCUGAGGACUGUAUCCCUGACAGGACAGUCAGUGCUGGAUACAUGGAUGGCUUCUCAGCCCCAUCUCUUAGGACACUCUGUGGUAACAGGACCUCUCACACCCACCCCAGGAAAAUAGACCUCUGGACUCAAGGGCAAGCUCCCUAGGUUCUUCCAGAUCAUGAAGCUGUCUUCUCCAGGUCUAAAAUCAGCCUUCCCACUCCUCCAGGAUAAAGGAAAUGUUCCUCAAGGAGAGGGUCUCUGGAACUUUGGGGCUUUAAUACCGAGACACACCUGGGUCUUGUACACCGGACUCCUCAGGCUACUCGGAGACAUCUUAUCCCCACCCACACCUUAGUGUGCUGGUGCCAAAAGGAAAGACGUUAAUGGCGUGCACCCACCUGCACAGCAGGGUGGAGACCCAGGCGUGAGGUGGAGCUGUGCCCCUAGGUCCUUGGGUCCUAGGGAAGUGAAUGAGGGUGAGCUAGCUAGAAGGAAGGUACUGAAUCGGUUGGUCGAUUGUCGGUCGCCAGAGGGCCUGAAGGUCUAAGUGCAAGCCACUCUCCUCCCCCUCACCUCUCUGUUGCUUUUGGCCACCUGCCUGGUGGGGCCUUGGUCACACUGCUGCUGGCCUCACAGCCCUGGCUGCCUCAGAGAGUGAGGCCCACUGGAGGGUAGAAGGAGGGGUUGGCUGAUGGCGGGAACCUUACAGCUAGGUGUGUAGGCUCCUCUAGGUCCAGUGGCAAAGUCUCUAGAGGAUCAAGUUUCUUCCCUCAGUCCAAGGUGGAGACUCACCUGUAUAGCGUACAGGUGGACACAGGGUGAGAGGCCUGAGCCUUCUUAUGAAAUGCCUGCACUGUACCUCCUUUCUUUGUCCUCUGAGAAGCCAGAGAGGCCGGUGACAAAGACGAGGUCCCAGGUGACCUUUGUAAACCUUGGAGUUUAUGAAAUAUUGUAACCCCUUGCUUCCUGUCAGAUCCAUUAUGCAGAUAAGGAAAGUGACAGUCAGAGGUUAGUGACUUGCCCAAGGUCACACAGCCCUUGGGUCAGACGAGAAACAAACCCUGCGCUUUCCUCUGAGCUCCCAUGGUAACCUCCACUGAUUUCUGUUUGCAUGAGAGUCAUCAAGGGGCCGUUGUAAAAGCAUAGAGUCCCCCAAAUUAAAACGAUGAGAGAGUCUGGGGCUCCGUGGAUGGUCUCAGAGAGGAAUGAGGGGACCCGGGUACCAUCGAAAGGGAGGCAUUUUUCCUCUUGCUGUGCUGACUGGAAGCCUCUAGCUGAUGCUUCUUUCCUUUGGCCUCCUGAUAUCCAGACUACAGACGCCCCCUCCCCGGUCCUCUUCAGGAGCCGGCGCCUGGGAGGGCAAGGCCAGGCCACCGCAUAGGCCUUGCCCCUUCCUCCUGCCCCUCCCCAUCUAUCUCCCUUUUCUGAGGUCUCCUUCCUUGGUCAGAGGAAAUGGAUGGGCUGAGGUGACCAGCUGAACUCACAUCCUUUUCUUGGGCCUGAGGCAGGGGUGAUCCUUCCAGCCCCAGAGCCCAGCUGGGGAAGAAGGUUAUGCCACAGCGGAAGGGCCUGGAGCCACUGCCAGGAACCCGGACCCUCCGCCCUCCCUCCCGCCAGGGUCCCCAGCCCAGUUUCUGGGCCUCUCCUCCACCACCUUUCCGGCUAUUGUUCUGGAAAGAACAGAGCCACCUAUCUGGCCCUGCCCCUGUUCCUGUGCUCCUCCUGUCACAUUGUCAGUCCCUCCCUAGAGAGGACACAUCCAGCCACCCAGCUGCCCCAUCCCAGACUCUCUCAAGUGGACAGUGCAGUGAAGGGAAGGCUCCCUGAAGGACAAUGGUUCGCUUCUCUUGGGACCUUGUUGUCUGCACUGAGGCUUAGAGAGGCACCUUGGUGGCCAAGGUCACGCGGCCCAGGAGAGGCAGAACAGCCUCUGAGCCGUGCACUUCCUGCUUCUGCAGCUCCAGUUCAUCCCCCUCCCAUCCCCAAAUGGUUCUGUGUUACAAGAACUAUCAGAGGGGAUGAGGGGGGAGGCUGAGAGGUCUGUUUCCUCCCAGCAGUCCCCACACAUUCCCUCAGCUGCCCCACCUUUUCUGUAUUUACCUGUUAGGUGUAGAGUCCGUCAGCUCCACCCCGUGUGUACCAGCCCUCUCCCUCCCCAUCCCUUGCUUUCCACUCUGAUGGAAUGAGGCCGUGCCUUUCCCAGGCUGCUGGGGUAUUUGGGGGCCCAGCAGGGCCUGGGGGGCAGGCCUGGACCAGCAUGUUUGGCACCCUGCCCAGCCUGGGCUGAGUGAGCUAGGCCCCCCUCCUUCCCGGCAGGGUGGGUUCCAGCUGGAGGCAGGGGCGGCCUGCAACAAGGCUUCUCCAUUCCCAACACCUCAAGGACCUCCCCAACAUGGUCAGGCUGCUACCAGGCUCUCACCCAUAUGUACCCUGUCCCAGGGAGGCAGUGCCCACCGCCUCUCUAAUGAAGCCUGAAUAGCCCAGUCAGAGCCUGUGGGUAUCAAGUGGGCAGGUGGGUUAAUAGAAAUCCGAGAGACAGUCCGGGUAGGGUGCCUCAGUGUAGUGGCCAACGUGUAAGGAGUGCCCAUGGGUUAUUGUCAUCAUUCUAUGCUCGCAAGGGACAGACCCUGUCCUGGCAACUCCUAGGGGACAGAUCCUACGGUCAGCCCAUUUUCGAGGAGGAGACGGAGUUCUUUAGGUUAAAGGACCUGCACAAAUUGGUAGGGCUGGCACACGGUGCUGGGGCUUGUGUCCGUAUAGCCCAUAUGGCUUUGCCCACCAGGUCCAACUCAGGGGGAUGCUCGAAGCCUAGCUUUGUCAACCUUCUCUCUGGCCUUGAAUACUUAAGCCCCCACCCUUCCUUGCAUGCCUGCUCCCCCUGGCCCAAUUGGACAAUAUGACUCUCUCCCAUUCAGGCAGGAAUGCCAACCAUGCACCCCGUGGGCCUGUCCUAUUGAAGGCAUGUCAGGCCGAUACCCCUUCCCGCCCCCUUUGGCUCUAUAAACAAGCCGGGCAGGGGCUCUGGGGGAGGCAGGCUGCUGCUGCAGUGGCUUCAUGUGCUCAGUGCCCUCGAGCCAUAGGGACAGGACCCAUCGAGGGCCAUGGGGCAGGUGCUUUUCUGUACACCGAAAGAGCUCCUUGGCUCCACGAAGAGACUCAACAUCAACUACCAGGAUGCCGAUGGAUUCUCUGCCCUCCACCAUGCUGCCUUGGGGGGCAGCCUGGAGCUCAUAGCCUUGCUGCUGGAGGCUCAAGCCACUGUGGACAUCAAGGACAGCAAUGGCAUGCGUCCCCUACACUAUGCGGCCUGGCAGGGCCGGCUGGAGCCUGUGAAGCUGCUGCUGAGGGCGUCCGCGGCUGUCAAUGCUGCCUCUCUGGACGGUCAGAUCCCUCUGCACCUGGCUGCACAGUAUGGGCAUUAUGAGGUGUCAGAGAUGCUUCUCCAGCACCAGUCUAACCCGUGCCUAGUCAACAAGUUGAAGAAGACACCCCUAGACCUAGCCUGUGAAUUUGGACGGCUCAAGGUGGCCCAGCUGCUUUUGAACAGCCACUUAUGUGUGGCAUUGCUGGAGGGAGAGGCAAAGGACCCAUGUGACCCCAACUACACCACACCCCUGCACUUGGCUGCCAAGAAUGGCCACAGAGAAGUCAUCAGGCAGCUCUUGAAAGCCGGUAUUGAGAUCAACCGCCAGACCAAGACCGGCACUGCCCUCCACGAGGCCGCGCUCUACGGCAAAACUGAGGUGGUGCGGCUGCUGCUGGAGGGAGGUGUGGAUGUGAAUAUCCGGAACACAUAUAACCAGACAGCACUGGACAUAGUGAAUCAGUUCACCACCUCCCAGGCCAGCCGGGAAAUCAAGCAGCUACUUCGGGAGGCUUCAGGGAUCUUGAAGGUUCGAGCGCUUAAGGAUUUCUGGAAUCUUCAUGACCCCACUGCUCUCAAUAUCCGGGCAGGAGAUGUCAUCACGGUGCUUGAACAGCAUCCUGAUGGCCGCUGGAAGGGCCACAUCCACGAGAGCCAAAGGGGCACAGACCGUGUUGGCUACUUCCCCCCGGGCAUCGUCGAGGUGGUCAGCAAGCGGGUGGGCAUACCGGUGACCCGUCUCCCCUCUGCACCCACCCUGCUGCGGCCAAGCUUCUCCCGGAUAUCACAGCCAUCGGCUGAUGAUCCCCUGCCAUCUCUCACCUACGGCCAGCUCCCUCGGGUGGGCCUCAGCCCAGACAGUCCAGCAGGUGACAGGAACAGCGUGGGCAGCGAGGGGAGCGUGGGCAGCAUCCGCAGCGCUGGCAGUGGGCAGAGCUCUGAAGGCACCAAUGGCCAUAGCACUGGUCUCCUGAUUGAAAAUGCUCAGCCACUACCCUCUGCCAAUGAGGACCAGGUACUGCCAGGUCUGCAUGCCCCGUCCCCAGCAGACAACCUGAGCCACCGUCCUCUGGCCAGUUACCGCUCUGGGGAGAUCUUCACCCAGGAUGUGAGACCAGAACAGCUGCUCGAAGGGAAGGACGCACAGGCCAUCCAUAACUGGUUAAGUGAAUUCCAGCUAGAGGGCUACACUGCCCACUUCCUGCAGGCCGGCUAUGACGUGCCAACCAUCAGCCGGAUGACACCUGAGGAUCUGACGGCCAUUGGAGUGACCAAGCCCGGACACAGGAAGAAGAUCGCCUCAGAGAUUGCUCAGCUCAGCAUUGCUGAAUGGCUGCCCAACUAUAUCCCGGUGGACUUGUUGGAGUGGCUGUGUGCACUGGGGCUGCCACAGUACCACAAGCAACUGGUGAGCAGCGGCUAUGACUCCAUGGGGCUGGUGGCCGAUCUCACCUGGGAGGAGCUGCAGGAGAUCGGCGUGAACAAGCUAGGCCAUCAGAAGAAGCUUAUGCUAGGUGUGAAGAGGCUAGCAGAACUUCGGCGGGGCCUACUGCAUGGCGAAGCCCUAGGUGAAGGUGGACGCCGGAUGACCAGGGGUCCUGAGCUGAUGGCCAUUGAAGGCCUGGAGAACGGGGACAGUCCAGCUACGGCCGGCCCUCGCCUCCUCACCUUUCAGGGCAGUGAGCUGAGCCCAGAGCUACAGGCAGCUAUGGCGGGGGGUGGCCCAGAACCACUACCCCUUCCCCCUGCCCGUUCUCCUAGCCAGGAGAGCAUUGGUGCACGCUCCAGGGGAUCUGGUCAUUCACAGGGACAGCCUGGCUCCCAGCCCAAUGCUGGUGAGCCCAGUGCCCCACAGGAGAGGAACCUUCCUGAGGGUACAGAGCGCCCCUUUAAGCCUUGCUCUCCACUCCCUGGCCAAGGACCUGCCCCUUAUGUCUUUAUGUGUCCACAGAGCCUACCCUCUAGCCCGGCCCCAGCACCACCUCCUGGUGUUCCCCGGGCCUUCUCCUACUUGGCUGGCUCUUCUGCCGCUCCUCCAGACCCACCCCGGCCGAAACGCCGGUCUCACAGCCUGAGCCGCCCUGGCCCUGCUGAGGGGGAGGCUGAAGGGGAGGCUGAAGGGCCAGUGGGUAGUGCUUUGGGCAGCUAUGCCACACUGACUCGGAGACCGGGACGCAGCACCCUUGCCCGGACUAGUCCUAGCCUGACCCCAACUCGAGGGACUCCCCGAAGCCAGUCCUUUGCCCUCCGUGCCCGUCGUAAAGGUCCCCCGCCCCCGCCCCCCAAGCGCCUCAGUUCCGUCUCUGGCUCCACUGAGCCAACUUCACUAGAGGGGACCUCAGGGCCCAAGGAAGGGGCCGCAGGUCCCCGGAGGAGAACACUGAGUGAACCAACCGGCCCCUCAGAGUCCCCUGCUCCUUCUGCGCCAACUGGCCCUGUGUCGGACACUGAGGAAGAGGAACCUGUCCUUGAGGGGACACCGCCUUCUCGGGGCAGCUCAGGGGAAGGGCUGCCAUUUGCAGAGGAAGGGAACCUGACUAUCAAGCAGCGACCGAAACCAGCCGGUCCCCCUCCCCGUGAGACAACUGUGCCCCCUGGCCUUGACUUCAAUCUCACAGAGUCAGACACGGUCAAACGCAGGCCCAAAUGCAAGGAGAGAGAGCCACUACGGACUGCACUGUUGGCCUUUGGGGUAGUGGGCAGUGAUACCCCUGGCCCCUCCACUCCCCUGUCCUCCCAGGCCCCGUGUGAAGCUCCCUCAGCUCCCUCUAACCCUCCACGGUCUGAGCCCAGCAGCCUUCCAUCUCAAGAAGCCCCAGCUCCUCUCAGCCCCGUAACUCAGCCCCCUGGGCACCCAGGGCCCAGUGCUGGACCAGGUCUGGAAACCUCAACAGGCAGUAGACAGAACGUGGACACGGAGCCUCCAGCUCCCCCCGCUGCCCUCCUCAAAGUGCCUGGAGCAGGAACAGCUCCCAAGCCUGUGUCUGUGGCCUGCACUCAGCUGGCAUUUUCUGGCCCAAAGCUGGCUCCCCGGCUCGGCCCUCGCCCAGUUCCCCCUCCAAGGCCUGAGAAUACCGGGCCUGUGUGUCCAGGUCGGGCCCAACAGAGACUGGAGCAGACCAGCUCAUCCUUGGAAGCUGCACUGAGGGCGGCUGAGAAGAACAUUGGCUCUGAGGAACAAGAUGGCCCCACAGGGCCAUCCACCAAGCACAUUCUGGACGACAUCAGUACCAUGUUUGAUGCCCUGGCUGACCAGUUGGAUGCCAUGCUGGACUGAGCAAAACUUGGCCUGUGACUCUCCCUCCUGUCAGCGUUCACUGCCUGUGACCCAGCAUGGAGGAAGCCCUUGCCACGCAAGGAACAGGCAGAGGCUGGUUUGGGCUGGGGUAUCCUUCCAUGGCAGAGGCCUCCUAUGGCUCCAAGCGGUGGCUGGCAGUCCCAAAGAGGCUGAGAGGACUCGUCAGAACCUGACUGAGUGAGGGGCCUCAGCUGUGGGAGUGAGGCCUUCCCAUGCGCAGCUGACUGCACAGCUAUGGCCCCUGAACAGGGACCCUCGUGGAAGCAUUCUCCUCUAGGAGGAGGUGGCGACAGGGAUUUGGGGAUGCACCUCUUGCCGUGUCUAAAGUCCCCAUGGCCUGGGAAUUUGUCUGGCUACCCACUGAGUUACCCUAGGGCUCUGUGAGGCUGUGUGCUUGGCCAGUCCCCUCUAUGCAGGUGUAUAUAGGUGAUGUACAUAUGCACCAGGGGCAUGCCUUCCUGCUGGUGGCCUUCUGCUCCUGUCUGGCCAUCUCACACUGGGAGGCAGGGCUAGCCAGGAUCAGAGGCAAUAAGAGUAAUAGGUCCCCAGUGUCCAGACUCUUACAACUGUACAUAGUAUUUUUCAAGCAGAGAGAAAGGCAUAUAUUUUAAAUGGAAUUUAUUCUAUCUAUUAACUGCCUGAGAGGAUGCAGUAGGGGAAGGCCUUCGGGCUACAGAAGAACCGUCUACCCACCUCCUGCUGGAGGACCCAGUUGGUCUAGCCUGGGCUCUGUAACUAUUAACCUCUUCCCCCAACUAACACCAAUGAAAGAGUCAUUCCACAUGA